CAAGGCUACGCCUCCUCGCCGAGACGUCAGGGUCUUGGGCCUUUCUCCAAAGCUUAUCCGCCUCCUCUGACGGGACGCGACGGCCAGCUGCUGAGGCAGUCUCUCCUGCUGCUGCUCCCGCCGCGGGUGAGGGGUUGCGGGUACGGUACUAUAGGUCUGGCUGGCAAACUGGACCAUUGAAAACAACUUUCAAAUUCCCCUGCUGCCAGUGACUAAUACUCUGGACCUGGAGUUUCCUGCCCACCUUCCUGGAAGGCCCAGAAGCCAUCCCAGUCCUACUUCACACAUCUCCCAUCUUGCAGCUGGAGUACCUGAGUAUAUUUUAUAAAUUCUCAAGGGUGACUUGGUUUCCCAGGUGGAUCUGUAGCUUCCUGAGGGUGUCCCAUGAGGAUUUGCUUACCUGCCCUCUUCUGCUGGUGACCUCCUACUAGCUCUCCAGGUAGAGUCUUUGAGGCUAGUGUGACUUGACAGGUACUUUCAGAAGCAGAAGAGACCAUCCGUGCCCAGCUGGCACCCCUAGUUGCAGUGCGUAGGACAGUUUCAACUAGAGAAUCGAGUUUGCCCAAAGGCCUUGCAGCAGUGGCUGUAGCCAGGAGCUCCCCAGAGCCCUGUGUGGCCAGCAGCUGAAGAACCUUCCUCUGCCUCCCUGCAAGUAUCAGAUUUGGGGGUCAAGGGAAGCAGUGAAGAUGUCUAACGAGCCACCCCCUCCUUAUCCUGGGGGCCCCACAGCCCCACUGCUGGAGGAGAAAAGUGGAGCUCCACCCACCCCAGGCCACACUUCCCCAGCUGUGAUGCAGCCCCCACCAGGCAUGCCACUGCCCCCUGCAGAUAUUGGCCCCCCACCCUAUGAGCCACCAGGUCAUCCAAUGCCCCAGCCUGGCUUUGUUCCCGCCCACAUGGGUGCAGAAGGCGCCUACAUGCCUCCAGGUUUUUACCCUCCUCCAGGACCUCACCCACCCAUGGGCUACUACCCACCAGGACCCUACCCACCAGGGCCCUACCCUGGCCCUGGGGGCCACACAGCCACAGUCUUGGUCCCUUCAGGGGCUGCCACCACGGUAACAGUGCUGCAGGGUGAGAUCUUUGAAGGCGCACCCGUGCAGACUGUGUGUCCCCACUGCCAGCAGGCCAUCACUACCAAGAUCUCCUACGAGAUUGGACUGAUGAACUUUGUGCUGGGUUUCUUCUGCUGCUUCAUGGGGUGUGAUCUGGGCUGCUGCUUGAUCCCCUGCCUCAUCAACGACUUCAAGGAUGUGACACAUACAUGCCCCAGCUGCAAAGCCUACAUCUAUACGUACAAGCGUCUGUGCUGACGGAGCCAGACUUGGACUCACCUGCCUGUCAGUCUGGCCCCACGCUUUGCUCCCCGCAUUCAGUGGUCAGUUCCCCCCUCACUUGGGGGAGGAAGCUGUGCCACUGUCCCCUGAAAGCCCUGUCCUCUUUGCCUUGCCCUAACCUGAGCAUCUGACUCUUCCAGCAAAAGUUCUGUUGGAUUCAAGGCCAAGGACCAGUGGGUGGUGGAGGGUGGGGGUGGCACUGAGCUUGUGUGUUCCUGGUUUGCUUGACAUCUGUGAUCCAGAAGAUAAGCUGGGUCUCCUAUUGGGGUCCCCAUUCCUCCUUUCCCUACAAGGUCCACACUUGGUCCUGACUCUCCCUGGGACCAAAAGCAGCCAGAGUAGUAGUGGGUCCCAGUCUGGGGACCGGUAGUGGGGGCUGUACCUGGAGCCGCAGUUGUUUCUGAUCUGCUGGGCCAAGAGUAUGGCAUUGUUUGAAGUUAGCCUGGAUGCAAGCAGGACAGAGUUAACCCCUGGGUUUGUUAAAGUAUAUGCUGUGCCUCUGCAGUGCCAGAGACAGGGCAUGACAGAAGUAGUGGCUGCCAACUAUGGCCCUCAGAACUCUCAGGUAUGGAAACCUAGGAACUCCUAAUUCCCUGUCCAUGUGUAAGGUAGCCAAGAGGGACUCACCUUCAUGCAUCUCCCUCUGAGUCAGUGUGCAGAACCCCCUCUCUGGACACAUCUCUACAAACCCCUGUAUUUUUCUGGGGCCAGAAGGAAUGCUCACAAACCUAUCCUGUCCUGUGUACUAUGUUCUGACUGUGUGGGUGCAGCCUCUUCCCACUAGCUGUUGUGUCCCAGCUAGGACAGAUGGCAUAUAUGAGAGAACUCCUUGUAGGUGUAGUAGGAUCUGCAGUGCCCUCUCCAUUAGUUCUCUUCUCAGUAAGUGCUGGCCCUUAGCCCCAGCUGACUUGCUGUCACUGUGCAAACCCCUGGACUGGGUCACUCCAGCAGGAACAGCUGUGGAUCUGGGCCGGGGCAAGAAAAGGGCAGGCACAAGUGCCGAGUAUGCUAGUAGACACCAGCCCUGCCCUGGGUGCAACCCAAAGCUGUCUUUAUUUUCUGAAUAGUUUGUGAACUUGCCCACGUGGACACCGUGUCCUAUUGCUGACCCUCUCCUGGUCUCGCACUGCCACUGCAUGGCCUCCCAUCACUGUGAAUUGUGGCCUGGUCUCAGUCUGUAGUUUCUCAUUAAAUUGGCCCCUUCAUUCCCCUGUCCUGGGCCUCUGCUGUCUUGCCUGGUUUCCUUCUUUUCUAAGGGAAAGAGGGUGGGUUAUAUGUAAAUACUAGAAGGUAGGGGGCUGAACCCAACUGUCUGGCAACAACAUUGAUACAUAAGAACUUAAUUGUGCCAAACCAAAGUCUGAUGUGUACCAUCCCUGGGAAUCCAGCUGUGACUAGCGGAAGGCAGGAGCUGGCUUCAGCAGUGGCUAUAAGGUCACCUUACUUCCUCAGAUACUGGUUCCAUCCAUCUACACACCUUGGUAUCCACCCACAGCACCUCCAAGCUGGAGCAUGACCCCCACCCCCCAACUUGGGCUUGACACACCCUACCCUUAAGACAGAGCCAUUGGACUGACGCUUAAGGGUUAAAAGAUGUAGUCUGAGUGUGCAAAUUCUAGACCGGCCCUGGCAGUGGCCUAAUUGACAUGAACUGUGAAGGUGGUGGGCUCAAUCUGUAGUUUAAGAAGUGUUUCCUCGCAAUUUAAUCCUUUUUUGAAUAAAACUUUUACAGUAAUAGAUUCCUAUCAAUAAAAAUAUUUAACUUCA